AUGUCGUCUUAUGCAAAAUUUUCAAAGGAGAUAUUGACGAAGAAGAGGAAGUUUGAAGCCUAUGAAAUAGUGACUUUGACUAAGGAUUGCAGUGCAUUAAUCCAGAACAAGCUACCUCCUAAACUUAAGGACCUUGGAAGUUUCUUCAUUCCUUGUGAGGUUGGUGCUAUGAAGAUAAAUAAGGUGCUUUGUGAUCUAAAAGCCAGUGUCAGUUUGAUGCCACAUUCUGUCUUUAAGAAGAUGGAUGUAGCGGAACUCAAGCCAACUCAAAUGAUCUUACAGCUAGUAGACCGAUCCAUUAAAGAUGCCAUCGGGAGAAUAGAAGAUGUACAAGUGAAAGAUGGAAAAUUCUACAUUCGAGUUGAUUUUGUGGUUUUAGAGAUGGAUGAAGAUGCUCACAUACCCAUCAUUCUUGGCUAA